GCCUGACAUUGCCCUGGGCCACGUUACCUCAGUCCUGUAGCCCUGUGGAGUGGAGGAGCCACAGGAUGUAGCUUCUGGGUUUUGGUUUUGGGGCUCAGCUCCUCCACAUUCCCCCCGUGGAUCACUUCUGACCAAGUACUUGUAGAUAACACCAAUCCCAACUAUGCUUCCCACACUGGGGUCUGAGGGCUGGAGUCACUGAUGCUGAAGAGUAUUUGUGCUGAUCUUGAGCUCUGCUACACCUCAGUGUACCCAACCAGCCCUGGGCAAGCUGGUCCAUCGGCCAGGAGGUGAAACAUGGGUGAGGGUGAUUUCUGUGACCUCUUCAGCCUCCUGUCAGUGAUCCAGAGUCACUGAGGUUGGUGGUGUGCUCCCUGAUGAGAGAUAACUUCCAGAGCUGUGUUACUCCUUGAGCAGGUGAACAAGGCUGGCAGAGAAGUGGAGGUACCCUGAGCUUGCUGUGGUCUGCCAUGCACUGAGAUGGCUCUGAGGAUGUAGGCAAAGGGGUGGGAGGAGGAUGGUGCAGACUGGGCACACCAUGUGGCUGGUGAUGGGUGAGGGGUGUCUGUGGCAGACAUCAUGGGCUGGGAUCAGGCACAGCUCCCCAAGGAGAUGGGUGGAGGUGACAGUGGUGACAACCAAGCCCUGAAUGCACUAUUAGAGACACCCACUGACAAAACCAACUGUGCAGUGAUUCAGUGCUGGCAAAUAGUGACAGUCAGUGUAACCUCUGAAGCCUCCAACCAUUGCGGUCUCCCUCACACUCUCGUUGCAUGUGGCAUUGGUGCCAUUCACUUGUUCUGUCCUGUCAGACACUAAGGGGAAGUCCCCACCUUUCCCUUUUUCCUGUUCAGAGAAGAUGCUGAUCUUGACAGGUGCCUAAUCUGAAGUAAAUAACACUAAUGCCAGGGAGAUCUGAGUCUGUUUGUUGUCACUGGUUUCCCAAGCUUGCAUUUCGCCACCUUUCCAGCACGGCAUUGGCAGGGAAUAUGUAAGUUACCAUCAGGAACUAUGUAAAAGUUGGGAAACAAGGAACAGAUGAGGGGAGGGCUUGUGGAGACCUGCUGAGAGCCAGCAGUGACAGCUUGGCUUCCUUCUGUCAAGCUCUGGGGCAGGACUGGCCUGCGGCUGUAACAUGGUGUUACCUGUGUCCUGAGCACUUUGCAGCAUGGGGUGACUUUAAUCCAGUUGAGGACUUAGCAGGAAAAAGGUUGGCAGGUGGCUGCUGCCCCUUCGGCUGGGACAUACCUGUGCUCCAGCUCCCCUGUCAAUGAAUCUGCUGUGUGUGCCUCAGUGAAAAGGAUCAGCCAAGAGAUGCUUCUUGAGGUAGCCCAUGGCCAAGCCUCCCCCUGCAGCCUCACUUUUGGUCAAUAUGCCUGUGCACAGAGUGCUUGGCUCCAGGACCUUCCAGAUGAUUUCCUUGUAUCCUUAUAUAUGUGCCUUGCCCCUAAACCUGCCAGUGCUGUGGAUUCAGAACACUCUGUUCUCUUCUUUUCCAAAUAUGAUGCCAAGAAGCUUAUAGCUGCUCUCACCAUGUUCAGCCAGCGUUUUUCUCAUGUGCCUCUUUCUUUGGAGUGGAACAUGAUCUUCAUUAAUGGCCUAUGGGAGAAGAUGUUGGAAGUGCCUGACAUUGACAGCCCCUCUGUUUUGUCUCAGUGGAUCCAUGAGGGGCUUCAACCAUUCCUGGUCGAACCCAAGGUCUUUGCUUGCCUUCAUGCCAAAAACCUGUCUUGUGAGACAUUUCAAAUGAUAGUUGCUGCCCUGAAUGGCAUAUAUUCUGACCUUCCAGUGGAAGAACAGAGGAAUCUUUAUGCUGGGAUCAAACACUACCUCAUCCAGGAUGAAUCAAGCCAGAAGUGCUACAGUGAAGCCAUUCCAGGUCUGAAUUCCACUGCUUGGUUUGAAAAUUAUCUUGGAUCCUUUUUGGAGCAUGCUACUGUUGGAGACCUGCAGCUUUUUGGUGAUGAAGCAACACUUCAAAGGUUUACCAGGGAUCCAGUCAACAUACAGAUGAUCAGCAACCUCACCUUGCUCCGGGAGACAGCUCUGUACUAUACCUCACUACUGACCUCUGGAUCUGGUUUUCCCUUAUCAAGCCUCCCAGACAGACUUGUUUGCUACCUGAGCCCCUCUGCAGUGAGCAACCUGAGCAGAGAUGAUGCUUUGAGCUUGGCCCAGAGGAUCACCAAGAACUGCCCAUUGAACCUGACACACAGAGGAAUAACCAGAGAGAGAGCUCCCUCCUCCCUGACAACAGAGGAACUGCAGGUUGCAUCCUCUCUGGUGGGAAAGUUUGAGCACUUCCCUCCUGAAGUCCUGCGUGGAUUGGGCCAGGCUGCAGUUGGGCUGUCCAUAUCCAUCCUGGAAAACCGCAUCAGGGAUGAAGACCUUGAAGCAUCUAUUCCUGCCCUGGGUAAAGUUCGUGGCUGGAAUGCUGAGCAGUCCAGCACCAUUAUCAACAAACUGCUUCUCUCUGGCUAUCAGAUCCCAGAUGGACAGAGCCUGGCAAAGCUGGGGAGCUUGGUGGCUGGCCUCAACAGCAGCACGCUUCGAAGCUUGCCUUCAGAAGUGAUCUUGGAAGCCAUCAAGUUGCCUGAGUUUGUUGAGCAGAUGCUGCCCCUGCCCCCUGCUCUGAAAAUGGCAUUUGUGGAAAAGCUUUCCUCCAGUGUCCACCACCCAGCUGACCUGGUUAAAUAUGUCCCUGAUGCUCUGGCCAGUUACAUUCCAAAAUCAUUGCUUGUUUUUGGGGAGGAGAAGCCCAAUAUUCAAGAUCUCAACAGUAAAACAUGGACCAGAGAACAGGCUGCCGUGUUUUUCAGUGAUGUGAUAAAGACAGAGCCUGACUUCAGCAGGCUUUCCCAGUCAGUCCUCCAAGGCUUCACGUGUGCAGCUGCCAAUGAGGUGGGAGAAGAAAGGUUUCAGGAGCUGGCUAAAGUCAUGAAGAAGAAAAAUGUCAAGCUAGGAGAAGACCAGCUGAAUUGCUUAGUGAAGAUGGUGACUCUGCAUGGGAUUCCUGAGGAUUUAGAUAGCUAUCCCAAAGACCUCUUGCUAUUUCUAAGUCCCUCAGACUAUGCAGCGACAGGAAGCUGCAGGCAGUACUUUGCUAAUAUUGGGGAAGCAAACCUGGAUCUUCUGCAGAGAGAGUCACCCCAGCGGAAACAACUGCUCCUGGAAGCUUUAGCAUGUUUGAGAAUUCCUGGCACGCAAGUAACUGAGGAAAAUGCAGAGGUUCUGGGACGUCUGGUCUGUGACCUGGGUGGAGAAUACAUUACAAGUUCUGGUGGGAAUCUGCUGAAGCAGUUAAGCAAGUGUGACUCUUUCCUGCCUGACCAAGAAGAGGCCAUUAGGAGCAUCAUCAGCAGUGGUAACACUACGUUUGGGCCUCCUGCAGCAUGGUCAGCUUUCACCUUGAAUGAGCUCAGUGGGUUGAUUCCUGUAUUGGAUCACAGCAUCUUGCAGCAGAUCCCCAAGAAUGCUUUAACUGUUUGGCUGAAAAACUUUGCACAUGAUUCACCUCUGUCAAGGGAAGAGCUGGCCACUGUUGUUGAAGAACUCCUGCCUACCAGGCAUAAGCGUGCUGAUGGUUGCCCAUCUGGGAAGCAGAUAACAGAGACCGUUCUUGAAGAUGACUUGAUGCCCCUUAGCUACACACCUGAGGAGUUACGUGCUUGCCUGAAGAAUGUCUCUCUGGAGAAUCAUCUCUCUCAGAUGCUGACCUAUGCCUUCAGUGUUCAGCAGUUGGCUGUGCUGAAGGAGCAUCUGGAUGAGACGUAUCCUGAUGGGUAUCCUGAAAGUCUGCUCCACAGACUGGGCUCUCUCAUUUCUUUCGUCACCCCUGAGGAUGUUUCCAGGUGGAAGAUAUCUUCAGCUGACACACUGGCUGCCUUGCUCAGAAAUGAGCCCCUUGAUGAUCAGGCUUCUGUAAUAAUCAGACGAUACAUUGACCUGGGAAACCCCUUGAAUGUCACUGCUCUGAAUGCAAUUGGUACCAGAUACAUGUGCCUGCUAAAUGAAACUGAGCUGAAGAUGAUAGACUCCAACAGCUUGAAACUGGCAUCUCUGAAUCUCUCAGCCUGUUCAGAACGCACAAAAGAGAUCUUGUAUGCUAAAGCAAAAAGUGCUUUCUCAAACCAGCGACGUUCACCUGCUUACUAUCAGCUUAUUGAACCGUAUCUAGGGGGUGCUCCUGCUGCAGAUAUCAAAGCUCUAAGCAAGGACAACGUGAACAUGAACAUUAGUACUUUUAUGAAGCUAAGAAGAGACUCUUUGAUGAGCCUGACUCCUUUGGAGGUUGAGGGCUUGCUGGGGAUGCAUCUUGGUGAUCUGAACAAAUGGCAGACGACCUCUCCCAUCCGGGAGUGGGUCCAGAGGCAGAAACAAUCCGAACUGGAUAAACUGCAUGUUGGGCUCACUGGGGGAACACAAGAAGGCUACAUCAACCUUGUCACACCCAAAUUUCAGUCACCAUCCUCAGCCUCUCUGGGUACUGUGGCCACGACAUUCCACCUCCUGCCUGCUCUGCUUACCAGUUUCCUGAUCAUGUGGGUCUUCUCUUGAAAGUCUCCCCUCGAAAGCAAGAUGAGGAAUACCAGCCUAUGACCUGCUCUGAGGCCUGUUGGGACAGCCAUGCCUGGGGGGUGAGGGGGUGUUCAGUGCUAGCAGGCAACUUCUGCAGCCCAGGGUUCACUUUUAGGUACUUUUGUCUUUCAAAUCACUUGAAAAGAACAGUGUUGUGUCUGAAGGGAACACUUCAGACUCUUCAGAACAGGAUCUUUGCCUUUUGUGCACACCAAGCCCAGGUAAGCCCCAGCCAUAAUGCCACGACACAAAUGAUGUCAGUAUCUUACUGCACAACCCUGGUGGGUUUAAGGGUGAGCAAAUUGGCUGCUCUGAGCAAUGUAAUUGUUAACGUGCAAAGAGCCUCCUCCCUUACCACUGCCAAGACCUCUGAGUGGGAGUGAAGUUUUCCAGCUGAUUGUAAAUAAAUAAUGGAAGUAAGUAAAACAUGCCAGAAGCAAA